GCAAAUCAACCAAAGCCCCUUCAGCCACCAAAUCAAAGGGAACCAAGGCUAGCAAGACCGCUUCCCGCAAAUCAGGCCUGAGCAAGUCUACCAAGGGCACCGAAACCUCCAAGUCGGCUUCUACUCGUAAAUCUAAGAGUGGAGCUGCUGCAGCUAGCCGCAAGACCAAGGCCGGUAAAUCCACGAAGGGUGUCAAGACCUCAAAGACCGCUGCUGGUCGCAAAGCUGGCUCUGUAAAGAGCAAAGCUGGCAAGGUCGGCAAGUCCACAUCCCGUACAAAGUCUGCUAAGGGCAAGUCUGGAGUUUCCAAGACUAAGGCCAACAAGGCAGCCAAAGGAGGCAAGAAGACGAAAGCUACCGGAAAAUCAGCUGCCACUCGCAAAUCUGGAUCCGUAAAGUCACAGUCUGCCAAGGGAGCCAAAGGCACAAAGAUCGCCGCAAACCGCAAGACCAAAGCCACAAAGCCCAAGUCCACCAAGAACAACAAGGCU